AUGAAAGAAUGUUCUCAUGUGAUCGGUUUAGGUAAUAUAUUUGAAGAUAAAAGGAAAUGUUGGAUUUUGUUGGCAAGUAAAUCCCCAAGAAGAAUAGAACUAAUGAAGUUAAUGGGUAUAAAAAAUUUAUACAUUUGUGAGUCCGGAUUUGAAGAGAAUUUAGAUAAAAAGAAAUUUGCAUGUGCUGAAGAUUAUGUUAAAGAAAAUGCUUUAAAUAAAGGAUUAAACGUAGCGGAGCACGUAUGGUUUAGCAAAGCGAACGAUAAGAUCAGUAACAAUCAUUGCAGUAGUAAUAUGAAUGAUAAUAAUAAGUCAAAGGUGGUAGAAAUGGAAAAGGGUAGAAACAUUCAUACGGACAGAAAUGAAGGAAGUGAAAUAAAUGAGACGAAUAAGCCGAAUGAGCCAAAUGGGCCAAGUGGGUCAAAUCAGAUGAAUGAUUUGGGUGAACGUGUAACGAAUAUAAGUCAAAUGAAAACAUUGCAAAGUACUUACGACCCUAUACCAAAUAUAAUAAUCUCUUGUGAUACUAUUGUUACACUGAAUGAAGAAAUAAUAGAAAAACCUUCAAAUAAAAAUCAUGCGAAGGAAAUAUUGAAAAAAUUAUCCUCAAAUACCCAUAGUGUUUAUACUGCUGUAUGUAUAUUUUUAUAUAGAACAAAAAUCCCUGUUACAUUUGUUGAAAGAACUAUAGUACAUUUUGAUAAUCUAAAGGAACAAGAUAUUGAAGAAUAUUUAAAUUUGAAGGAACCAUAUGAUAAAGCUGGUGCUUAUUCCAUUCAAGGAGUAGGCUGUCAAUUUAUAAAAAAAAUAGAUGGAUGCUAUUACAAUGUUAUGGGGCUGCCCAUAAAUAAGCUCUCCAAAAUAUUGACUAAGUUAUACAUGGAAAAGAAAUUUUCAUUUUGA